UACAUAAUAUUUAUAUUUACCAUUGUAACAAAUUGGCUAUGUGUAUAAAAAGAAAAUUUUCUAUGGAGUUGCAACGAACAAUUUCCUCCACAAAAGGCUUCCAAAGUAUUCAAAAUUAUGAGAAAUUCGAAAGCAUAUCCUCAAAAUAUUUUAACUCUAGACCAAAUUUUAGUAAUAAAAAGAAACUGGGCUUAAAACAGUGUUAUCUAUAUUUUUUAAUGGAUCCGCGGAAAUCCCGUAACCUUCCAGUCAGCGCUAAAGAAAAUAGUCUUAAAGAACUUAAAAUAUGGCAACGGUUUUUGAAUUCGAUUUUCUACGUAGGAAAAGCAAAAUCGACGCGCCCUUAUUCACAUUUACAUAAUGCUAUCAAAAUAUACAACAAACAGGAACUUGAUGAUAAAGCCGAAUGUCUAAAUGCAAUUGUAAGCGAUAUCCAAGCGCCUAAAUUUAGUAAGGUAGAUCAUAUAAUUGAUAUUUGGAGAAAUGGUUUUGGUGUCGUUAAUCUACACGUCUUCCACAAUAUCUUGCCAUAUGAAGCAUACACUCGAGAGGCCGCCGUCAUAGAUGCAAUAAGUCUCCCUAAUUUAACAAACCAGAAACGUGGAGUUUACUACGGCCCACCAAGUAAAUGGACGGCCAAAGGAAGAGAACGUCUGGGAAUAGCUUUGCUUUAUCGGGCCAUGAAAAUAUUCUUAUCGGAAGGCGAAAUUCAGUUAUAUCCUUUUGAUUUAGCUUAG